GCCUUCUGACCAAAGGAGUGACUGCCAGCUAAUCCGGGUGUAUAGCGAUCCAGAGAGGGGUGAGGCUGGGUUUACGUAGACUACACCUUCGGCUUUGCAGUAACCCCACUGCUAAGGCCACGGGAGGAAACUCUUUUGUGCAAGACGCCUAUGCACCUGGCUUCUGCUGCGUAGUGACCGGGUGUCCAAGGCAUCCGGCCAGGUCUCCUCCACUCGGGUUUAGCCUCCCCUCCGAGUCUCCAGCUGCCUGGAGAGACGUUUCUAACUAGGAGAUGGCUGGCCUGGAAAGCGACACUCCCAUCACUGCUAUUGGCCUAGAGUCCCCCGCUGCGGCCUUUCUCCCUUCCCCGCCCCUGGCCUGAGUCAGCCGCCCCAAGGCCGGCGAGGUCAAGCUCCUUUGGGGCGUCAGGGAAAAAGACCAUGGCAGAGGUGCUGCCACGCGAAACCUUCUGGGCAAACACCAGCCAAUCAUCAAGAGACAUACAGGAGCCCUAGCCAAUCAGCGCCCGCCUUAUUACUGAGUACCGCCCGCUCGGGCCCUUCCUCCACAUCCCCCUUCACGAUUCUUGUAGUCGCGGCUGUGUUGCAGCCGCCUGCUGAACUGACCCGGCUCUGGGGACCGGCCCCUCUGGCGCCGUUCGGUUUCUCUUAUUGCCUUCACUGAGGAUGAGUCCCUGUGUGGCUCUGUGUGGACCUUGCGGAAUCCACCGGCGCAGUUUCAUCUAGCGACUGGUCACCCUUGCAAUUAUGGAUAUUUAAAAGGAUCAGACAGUGUGGAGGGGGAGUUCCCCUCCUCACUCCCCCUUGGUGCUUGACUCCAGAAUAAUUUAUAAACUGUGGAAUUUUUUUAAAUGAAGAACUUGUAUUUGAUAUGAACUUUAUAGAGCUAUUUAUAAUUUUUUUGAUUUAAGUGCCAAAAAGUUGUAUAAAGAUAUAUAGUUUUAUACUAUUGUCAUGAGGAUUUAAAUUAUCCUAAAAAGGUCAUUUAUUCUCAGUAACUCUUCCUCAAUAGCACCUUUGUGUCCUGGCUUUUUCAUUUUUUAAAAUUAGUUUUCACGAUUCUGAAGUAAGCGGUAUAAAAACAAUUAGGAUGAAUUCACCCAUGCCUGACUGCACAUCAAAGUGUCGAUCCCUGAAGCAUGCUUUGGAUGUUCUUUCUGUGGUAACAAAGGGGAGCGAAAACCAGAUUAAGGCCUUUCUCUCCAGUCAUUGUUACAAUGCUGCAACUAUCAAGGAUGUUUUUGGUCGGAAUGCUCUCCACCUUGUUUCCUCCUGUGGAAAGAAAGGAGUGUUAGAUUGGCUUAUUCAGAAAGGAGUGGAUCUGUUGGUGAAAGACAAAGAGUCUGGAUGGACAGCAUUGCACAGAAGCAUUUUUUAUGGACAUAUUGAUUGUGUUUGGUCUCUCUUGAAGCAUGGUGUUAGUCUGUAUAUUCAAGAUAAAGAAGGCUUGUCAGCUUUGGAUCUUGUAAUGAAGGAUAGACCAAGUCAUGUAGUAUUCAAGAAUACUGAUCCUACAGAUGUUUAUACUUGGGGCGAUAAUACAAAUUUUACCCUGGGUCAUGGAAGCCAGAAUAGCAAACAUCAUCCAGAGUUGGUGGAUCUGUUCUCCAGGAGUGGGAUUUAUAUCAAGCAGGUGGUGCUUUGUAAAUUUCACUCCGUGUUUCUCUCUCAGAAAGGGCAGGUUUAUACCUGUGGUCAUGGUCCUGGAGGGCGAUUAGGACAUGGAGAUGAACAGACAUGCUUGGUCCCUCGGCUUGUGGAAGGACUGAAUGGUCAUAGUUGUUCCCAAGUGGCAGCUGCUGAGGAUCAUACUGUUGUGUUAACUGAAGAUGGAUGUGUUUAUACAUUUGGUCUAAACAUUUUUCAUCAAUUGGGAAUUAUUCCUCCACCUUCCAGUUGUAAUGUACCCAGACAGAUACAGGCAAAAUAUCUGAAAGGAAGGACAAUCAUUGGCGUUGCAGCAGGCAGGUUUCAUACAGUCCUAUGGACUAGAGAAGCUGUUUACACUAUGGGACUAAAUGGUGGACAACUGGGUUGUUUGCUAGAUCCCAAUGGAGAAAAGUGUGUAACUGCUCCUCGUCAGGUCUCUGCCCUUCACCAUAAAGACAUUGCUCUGUCUUUGGUUGCUGCAAGUGAUGGAGCUACAGUCUGUGUUACCACAAGGGGAGAUAUUUACUUACUUGCAGACUAUCAGUGUAAGAAGAUGGCUUCUAAACAAUUGAACUUGAAGAAAGUUCUUGUGUCUGGGGGUCAUAUGGAAUACAAGGUUGAUCCUGAACAUUUGAAAGAAAAUGGGGGUCAAAUUUGCAUUCUUGCAAUGGAUGGGGCUGGAAGGGUGUUUUGCUGGAGAUCAGUCAACAGUUCUAUGAAGCAGUGUCGAUGGGCCUAUCCACGUCAGGUCUUCAUUUCUGAUGUUGCUUUAAAUAAAAAUGAAAUUCUGUUUGUUACGCAAGAUGGAGAAGGAUUUAGAGGGAGAUGGUUUGAAGAAAAAAGAAAGAGUUCUGAAAAGAAAGAGAUUUUAUCAAACCUUCACAAUUCCUCAUCAGAUGUGUCUUAUGUCUCUGAUAUAAAUAGUGUGUAUGAAAGAAUUCGACUUGAGAAACUUACCUUUGCACAUAGAGCUGUUAGUGUCAGCACAGAUCCAAGUGGAUGCAACUUUGCAAUCCUGCAGUCAGAUCCUAAAACAAGCCUUUAUGAAAUUCCAGCUGUGUCCUCAUCAUCCUUUUUUGAAGAGUUUGGCAAACUGUUGAGGGAAACAGAUGAAAUGGACAGCAUUCAUGAUGUGACAUUUCAAGUUGGCAAUAGACUCUUCCCUGCACACAAAUAUAUUUUGGCAGUGCGUUCUGAUUUUUUUCAGAAAUUGUUUCUUUCAGAUGGCAGUACUUCAGAAUUUACAGAUAUUUACCGGAAAGAUGAAGAUUCUGCAGGGUGCCAUCUCUUUGUGGUAGAGAAGGUUCAUCCUGACAUGUUUGAAUACCUUUUACAAUUUAUAUACACAGAUACUUGUGACUUUUUGACUCAUGGCUUCAAACCAAGAAUACACUUAAACAAAAACCCAGAAGAGUAUCAGGGAACUCUGAAUUCUCAUUUGAAUGAAGUGAAUUUCCAUGAAGAUGAUAACCAGAAGUCUGCAUUUGAAGUUUACAAAAGUAAUCAAGCUCAAGCAGUUAGUGAAAGGCAGAUGAGCAAACCUAAAUCUUGUAAAAAAGGAAAAAAUAUUAGGGGAGAUGAUCCUGUAAGAAUGUUGCAAACUGUUGCAAAGAAAUUUGGCUUCAGUAAUUUGAGUAGUAGGUUAGAUGGAGUCAGAUUUGAAAAUGAAAAAAUUAAUGUUAUUGCCAAGAAAACUGGUAAUAAACUGAAGCUAAGUCAGAAAAAAUGUUCAUUUCUGUGUGACGUGACCAUGAAAUCAGUGGAUGGAAAGGAAUUUCCUUGUCAUAAAUGUGUUCUUUGUGCUAGACUUGAAUAUUUUCAUAGUAUGCUGAGUAGCUCAUGGAUUGAGGCUUCCAGUUGUGCAGCUCUGGAAAUGCCAAUACAUUCUGAUAUAUUAAAAGUUAUUUUGGACUACCUCUAUACUGAUGAAGCUGUGGUGAUAAAAGAAUCUCAAAAUGUAGAUUUUAUUUGUAGUGUUCUUGUGGUGGCUGAUCAACUUCUCAUAACCCGGUUGAAAGAGAUUUGUGAAGUAGCAUUAACUGAAAAACUUACCCUGAAGAAUGCUGCUAUGCUACUGGAAUUUGCAGCAAUGUAUAAUGCAAAACAGUUGAAACUGUCUUGUUUGCAGUUUAUAGGAUUGAAUAUGGCAGCUUUACUUGAAGCAAGGUCUCUUGAUGUUUUAAGUGAUGGUGUUUUGAAGGAUCUUUCUGAGUUUUACCGGAAAAUGAUUCCAGCAAUGGAUAGAAGAGUCAUUACACCAUAUCAAGAUGGACCAGAUAUUAGCUAUUUGGAAGUAGAAGAUGGAGAUAUCUUCUUGAAAGAAGAAAUAAAUAUGGAACAAAAUCAUUCGGAAACUAUGUUCAAGAAGGCAAAAACUAAAGCUAAAAAGAAGCCACGUAAACGUUCAGAUAGUUCUGGAGGUUAUAACCUUUCUGAUAUUAUUCAGAGUCCAUCAUCUACAGGAUUAUUAAAGUCUGGUAAGACCAAUUCUGUGGAAUCUCUUCCAGAACUAUUGACAUCAGACUCUGAAGGAAGCUAUGCAGGAGUGGGUAGUCCUAGAGAUUUACAGUCCCCUGAUUUCACCACAGGAUUUCAUUCAGAUAAGAUUGAGGCGAAAGUCAAACCGUAUGUUAAUGGUGCAUCUCCUAUGUAUGCUAGGGAAGAUUUAAAACCAUGGGAAAAGUCACCAAUACUUAAAAUAUCUGCUCCACAGCCCAUUCCCAAUAACAGAAUUGAUACUACCAACUCUGCCAGUUGGGUUGCUGGUUCCUUCAGUCCGGUCAGCCCUCCUGUUGUGGAUCUCAGAACCAUCAUGGAAAUAGAAGAAAGUAGACAAAAAUGUGGAGCUACACCAAAGUCACAUUUAGGCAAAACAGUUUCUCAUGGAGUUAAACUUUCUCAGAAGCAACGAAAAAUGAUUGCAUUGACUACCAAGGAAAACAAUUCAGGAAUGAAUAGCAUGGAAACAGUUUUAUCUACUCCUUCAAAAGCCCCCAAACCAGUGAAUGCAUGGGCAUCUUCUCUACAUUCAGUUUCAUCCAAGUCAUUCCGGGAUUUCUUACUAGAAGAAAAAAAGUCUGUUACUAGCCAUAGUUCAGGCGAUCAUGUCAAAAAAGUUUCUUUUAAAGGAAUUGAAAAUUCUCAGGCACCAAAAAUUGUCAGAUGCUCUACCCAUGGUGCCCCAGGACCAGAAGGCAACCAUAUUUCAGAUUUACCACUUCUAGACAGUCCCAAUCCCUGGCUAUCUUCUUCAGUGACUGCUCCAUCCAUGGUAGCCCCAGUCACUUUUGCAUCUAUUGUAGAAGAAGAACUACAACAGGAAGCAGCUCUUAUUAGAAGUCGAGAAAAACCCUUGGCUCUGAUUCAGAUUGAGGAGCAUGCCAUACAAGAUUUAUUGGUUUUCUAUGAGGCAUUUGGCAACCCUGAAGAGUUUGUCAUAGUUGAAAGGACACCGCAGGGACCACUGGCAGUACCUAUGUGGAAUAAGCAUGGAUGCUAGUUCACCGUGGAGUUGAGAUGCAUUUUUCAUAAUUAUGAGUUUGUUCAUACAAAGAAAAGCUGUGGAAAAGAGUCUUAGAGAUUUUAUAAUAUCAUUCUAAAUAGAUUAAGAAAGGAUAUAAUUUCUUUACUGCAGUUAAAUCAUAUAAUGUUUGUAUGAUUAAAAAUAAAUUUCUGAGAAUUGUGAUUUUAGUAACUUUAUAUAAAAUGUGUGAGACAAAAACUUAUUAAGGUUAAGUAGAAUUGUUUCUUCUGAAUAAUCUAACAAAGGAAAAUAUAAGUGAUUGAAUCAUAAGAUAUAAGGGGAAUGAAGUAUUAAAAAUAACUUUUUUGUUUGAGAACUUGAGAAUUUAGAAGAUUUUGCCAAGUAUGUGUUGUUGCUUGACUUUUUAAGUAUGGCAUUGAUGAAUUUAAAGUAGGAGCAUCAGUUAUUACUUCUGAUUCAUUAAUGGCCAGAAUUUUGUGUUUGGUCUAAUAGUUGUGUCAACAUUCUUGUUGCUUUUUAAAAAUCAGGCUAUGCCUGUGGUCCAUGUCUAUUCAAAGCUUGACCUGCACAAAUGCCGUAUUUCUGUUUGGACCACAUAUUCUCCAUUUUGCAUUAAGCAGUAGAGUACAGUGGAAAGGGAAUAAGAAUACUGAUUAUUCUGAAAAAAAAAAAAAAAAAAAAGAUUUGGAAUCAUUGUGGGUUAUUUAUUUUUAGUGGGAUGGAGGAUCUUAAAAACACCUAGUUGUGAGAGAAUCAAUUUCUGAAAGUAUUAAAAUUUCUGAAAAUAAAUGCUUAAUUACACAUACAGGAAUUAAACAGUUUAGAAGAGGGUUGGAUUGUCAUUACCUUUAUAAUACUGUAUAAUCAGAAGUUCUCUGAACCUCAGUUAUACAUCUAGACAUAAAAAUUGUUUUCUUUAUAGGAUGUUGUUUGGUUUGUUUCUGAGUGUUUAAAUUUUUGAAAAACAAAUGUUAAAUUUGUGCUUCAGUACCUAGAUAAAUUGGAAAGGUUAAUGUUCUAGUUUCUGGAAGAUAAGUUUGGAAGACACAUAAGCAAUUCACUGCUAUAAUUUAGUUGAUGUAAAAUGACGGAAACUGACUCAAUAUUUCAGGUUUAGCUCUACCCAAAAGCAGCAGACAUGUAAGCAGAUGUGCAAUAAAAAAUGAUCUUGAUCCAUUUCA